AUGCUUCCGCGCACCAAGUACAACCGCUUCAGGAAUGACUCGGUGACAUCGGUCGAUGACCUGCUCCACAGCCUGUCGGUGAGCGGCGGCGGCGGCGGCGGCAAGGUCUCGGCGGCGCGCGCGACCCCCGCGGCGGCGCCCUACCUGGUGUCCGGCGAGGCGCUGCGCAAGGCGCCCGACGAUGGGCCCGGCAGCCUGGGCCACCUGCUCCACAAGGUGUCCCACCUGAAACUCUCCAGCUCCGGCCUUCGCGGCCUGUCGUCGGCCGCCCGGGAGCGGGCGGGCGCGCGGCUCUCGGGCAGCUGCAGCGCGCCCAGCCUGGCCGCCCCGGACGGCAGCGCGGCCCCCGCGCCCCGCGCUCCGGCCCUGAGCAUGAGCGCCGCCAGGAAGGGCCGGCCGGGCGACGAGCCGCUGCCCAGACCCCCCCGGGGGGCGCCGCACGCCAGCGACCAGGUGCUGGGGCCGGGAGUCACCUACGUGGUCAAGUACUUGGGCUGCAUUGAAGUUCUACGCUCUAUGCGGUCUCUUGACUUCAGUACAAGAACACAGAUUACCAGGGAAGCCAUCAGCCGUGUCUGUGAAGCUGUGCCUGGUGCCAAAGGAGCCUUCAGGAAGAGAAAGCCACCCAGCAAAAUGCUGUCCAGCAUCCUGGGGAAGAGCAACCUCCAGUUCGCGGGGAUGAGCAUCUCUCUGACCAUCUCCACCGCCAGCCUCAACCUGAGGACGCCCGACUCCAAACAGAUUAUCGCGAAUCAUCACAUGCAGUCCAUCUCCUUCGCCUCGGGGGGAGACCCGGACACAACAGACUAUGUCGCCUAUGUAGCAAAGGACCCUGUGAACCGCAGAGCUUGUCACAUCCUGGAAUGCUGUGAUGGGCUGGCCCAGGAUGUCAUCGGCUCCAUCGGGCAGGCCUUCGAGCUCCGGUUUAAGCAAUACUUGCAGUGCCCUUCCAAGAUCCCUGUGCUCCAGGACCGAAUGCAGAGUCUGGAUGAGCCCUGGACAGAGGAAGAGGGGGAGGGCUCGGACCACCCAUACUACAACAGUGUUCCCAGCAAGAUGCCUCCACCAGGGGGCUUUCUUGAUGCUCGGCUCAAAACCAGACCCCAUGCUCCUGACACAGCUCAGUUUGCAGGAAAAGAGCAAACUUACUACCAGGGAAGACACUUGGGAGACACAUUUGGCGAAGACUGGCAGCAGGCACCUGUCAGGCAAGGGUCCUUGGACAUCUACAGCACGCCAGAAGGGAAACCACACGUGGCCCCUGCGGGAGAAGCACCCACCUAUGUCAACACCCAGCGCAUGCCCCCACAGGCCCAGCCGGUGGCCACCAGCAGCGCAGAGAGCAGCCCACGCAGGGACCUCUUUGACAUGAAACCUUUUGAAGAUGCUCUCAAGAAUCAGCCCUUAGGGCCUGUGCUGAACAAGGCAGCCUCCGUGGAGUGCAUCAGUCCUGUCUCUCCCCGAGCUCCGGAUGCCAAGAUGCUGGAGACACUGCAGGCUGAGCCCUGGUACCAAGGAGAGAUGAGCAGGAAGGAGGCGGAGGGGCUGCUGGAGAGAGACGGCGACUUCCUCGUCAGGAAGAGCACCACCAACUCUGGCUCCUUCGUCCUCACAGGCAUGCACAAUGGCCAGGCCAAGCACCUGCUGCUCGUGGACCCUGAAGGCACGGUCCGGACAAAGGACAGGGUCUUCGACAGCAUCAGCCACCUCAUCAACCACCACCUGGAGAGCAGUGUGCCCAUCGUCUCGGCGGGGAGCGAGCUGUGCCUGCAGCAGCCGGUGGAGAGGAGGCCCCCGGGAGACCAGGGCUAG